AUGUCCUCCCCGGGAGAGACAGACCCAAACUUGCAGAACGGAAGCCCACCCAUCCUAAGUCUACCCAACGAGCUUUUUUCAGACAUUUUCGUUCAGUGCAUUGGACCCGUCAUCCCGCUCUAUACUGGUCCAGACGUGUGGCCUUUACUCACGCAUCGCAAACCGAGCUGGCGCAUAAACGACAUAUCUGAAUCGCCCGACUUCAUUACGCCCCGUCUGCAGAAGUGGGUUAGCCUCAUGCUCGUUUGUCGGCGCUGGUACCGCAUUCUGAUCCAGACACGUGUAAUAUGGAGGUCUCCGGUGUUCGAUCAGGAGCAUCUUGCCCUGAUGAUGAUAUCGCAUUCGAACGAGGUUCCACUCCUUGUUCGCAACGACCUACGCAAAGAACAGCCCUGGUUCAACGAGUUCUUGGGUCCUCAACAAGGGCUUUCUCGCUGUAGAGAGCUGAUUCUUAACAUCUCCCUCGAUAAAGAACUGGAAUUACGCAAUCUCGCUGCAUGCUUAUCUACUUCUGCACCUCAGUUGGAGGUAUUGAGCUUGCGCGCCGCCUAUGGUUCCAGGCACCCCAAUGCUACACGCCUUCCGGAAGCGCUUCUGCAAGGUGCAACCGAGCUGAGAACGUUAGCUCUUGCAAACUACAGUAUACAGACCUUUCACCACCUACCUUUUCGCAACCUUGCGGUGCUGGUGCUCUACGAAGAGGGUGGACUGCGCUGUACAAUCUCUGAGGUUGCAACGCUGUUGAGGCAGACACCGCGCCUUCGAACACUGGUUCUGUGGAGCUUUGACCGAAGGCACAGCACAGGCGCGCCCCUGACUCUUCCUUCAAGCUCUAUUGUAACCCUACCUGCCUUGUCUAAAGCGUCCAUCUCCGGUGAUCUAACCCAAGUCGUGAACAUGUUGUGGCAUCUCUCCUUUCCUUCCAGCGCCACUCUCGAACUGUAUGCUCCCUGUCCACAAUCCAGCGAUAGCAUCUCGCAACUACAAUCCUUACUUCGGAGACAUUACGAUGGGACAAAGCUACUUCAGACAACCAACACAGGAAUCGAGACUGCGGAGGCACGUUGCGUAGAUUCUGAGCUACUAAGUGCCUCGGUGGACUGGACCAUCGAUACUCUGACCGUUAGAGGCUUCGCAACAUCUGAUAUGCAUUUAGAUGCAAGGGACGAUCCGGAUCCUCUCAUCUCUGUAACACUUGAAGAAGCCCCAUUAAUACCCUUAAACCUCAUUCCGGACGUUCUUCGCACAUUAGAUGCCAAGACACUGACUACACUCCACAUGGCCGAAUGGCCGCCUGCGCCUUUCUUUGCGACAGAGGAUUUCGGAACAAGGCUUUGGUCGGCCGUACCCAACGUACAGCACCUUGGUAUCAAACUCCCCUAUGAAUCGGACGACCUCAUUCGUUCCCUCACUUCCGAUCCAACGAUGACGCCAUCGUGCCGACUUCCUUUGCUCAAGGAAUGGCAUAUACGCGGCACCUCGUACGGUGGUUUAUCUCGCCCACAUUUGCGUGUGACGCUACGUGACUGCCUGCGAUCGCGAGCGUACAGCGGCUUUCGACUACGUCUUCUACGAUUCGACAAAUGCGGGAAAUCGGUGGGCCGAUAUGCCGAGGAGAUAAUCCAAGACGACUCUGUUGAUGAAGUGACUUGGGAGACGUCUGCUUAAGGGGCAUGGCCUGGCGGGGGGAAACUGUGGCCGGUGGUUGACAUGAAGAUGCAGGUUAGACGAGGGAGGCUGCGUAUAGUAUCAGAAAAUAUGUAGAGCAUUGUACGCCGCGUCUUCAUGAUGGUCGCAUCCCAACUCUUUGUACGCAUACCUCGGAUUGAGCAAAUUAUCAGCAG